UAUGGGAUGUUAAAACAGGAUAAUAACAGCCUAAUUAGAUGUAAUUAGUGGAUAUGUCUAAUCAGUCUGUUUUUCUCCUGAUGGAAAUACAUUAGCUUCUAGUAAUGGUGAUAAGACUAUCCGUCUAUGGGAUGUCAAAACCGGAUAAUAAAAAGCCAAAUUAGAUGGUCAUAGUAAUUGUAUCAACUCAGUCUGUUUUUCUCCUGAUGGAAAUACAUUAGCUUCUGGUAGUCAUGAUGAGUCAAUCUGUCUAUGGGAUGUCAAAACAGGAUAAUAAAAAGCCAAAUUAGAUGGUCAUAGUAAUUGUAUCAACUCAGUCUGUUUCUCUCCUGAUGGAAAUACAUUAGCUUCUGGUAGUGAUGAUGAGUCUAUCCGUCUAUGGGAUGUCAAAACAGGAUAAUAAAAAGCCAAAUUAGAUGGUCAUACUAGUUAUGUCUACUCAGUCUGUUUCUCUCCUGAUGGAAAUACAUUAGCUUCUGGUAGUCGUCAUUACUCUAUCCGUCUAUGGGAUGUGAAAACAGGAUAAUAAAAAACCUAAUUAGAUGGUCAUACUCAUAAUGUCUACUCAGUCUGUUUCUCUCCUGAUGGAACUACAUUAGCUUCUGGUAGUAAUGAUAACUCUAUCCGUCUAUGGGAUGUAAAGACAGGAUAAGAAAUUAAAUCCUCUGAUAAAAGCUACAAAGAUAUUCUUGCAUAAUUUAAAAUACCACUUUAAAAUAGUUAAUUAUUACCAAAUGGUAUUUUUUAUUUAUUAUUAUUUAGUUGAGCCAGUUCGUACAAUACUUAGAAUUUGUUAGAAUCCUUUAUUAGAAGCAUCAGGUACACUCAUCUUAGAAGGAGAUUUUAUAAACCAUUAAGGAAUAGAUUUAAAACCUUUAUUCAAGUUUAAAGGAUGUUGCUUUUUAGAAGACUUAAAGAAAAAAUUAAUUUGA